AUGUCCAAACUCCAACCUACUAAUCUUGUAAAGCUUUUGGGAUUUUGCAUUGAGAUAGAUGAAAGAAUAUUAGUCUGUGAGUACAUGUCUAACAAGAGCUUAGACUACUACCUAUUUGAUUCAAAUCGUAAGAAUUUGCUAGGCUGGGAGAAACGCUUGAACAUCAUUGAAGGCAGUGCACAAGGACUUCUUUAUCUUCACAGGUAUUCAAGAGUGAAGGUGAUACAUUGUGACCUGAAAGCAAGCAAUGUAUUACUCGACGAAGACAUGAAUCCUAAAAUAUCUGACUUUGGCAUGGCUCGAAUACUUGGUUUAAAAGUGUCACAAGAAAAGACAAAAAGAGUUGUUGGUACAUAUGGUUACAUGGCUCCUGAGUAUGCAAUAAAUGGUAUUGUGUCUAUCAAAACAGAUGUAUUUAGCUUUGGUAUACUACUGUUAGAGAUUCUUGGUGGCAAGAAGAAUAAUAGUUCCUAUGAUUCUGAUCGUCAACUCAGCCUCACAGGAUAUGCGCUAGGAUUCUUGUAGGCAUGGAAGCUCUGGAUUGAAGAUAGAGCGCUGGAACUAGUAGAGCCUGCAUUAAAUGAAUUGGGUUCUCAGAAUGAGAUUUUGAGAUUUAUUAAUAUUGGCCUCUUGAGUGUUCAAGAUCAAGCAAAAGAUAGACCUACAAUGUUAGAUAUUAUUUCUUUUCUAUCAAAUGAUACAAUCCAACUUCCCCAACCAAAGCAACUUGCAUUCUUCAUGAAUGAAAAGUCAGAGCUUCCUUACAACAGGCAAGAACAGUGGCGGAUCCAGGAUCCGAAGUCAGGGGGUUCAAAUUUUUUAAACGAGCACAUUGCUAAAAAUAUAAGUAAAAACAACUUUAAUCAAGACACACUUCUUACAAUAAAGACACUGAGACACACACGCGUGUAUGAGAGA